AUGUCGCCAGAACCAACAAGUGUCGCCGCCAUUUCUCCCACUAGCAAUGUUUUCCCUCAUAACUUAUUCCCUAAGGAAUACAACACAUCAAACUAUAAUAAAUCAAUUCAAACCGUUGAUACGAGAGCGCAUGCUUUUUUAGCAUCACUCAACAAUAUUCCAUCAUCUGCAUCAGAAGUACGAGAUAAUCAAGAUGCCCAUCGCAUACAACGACAACAUCAGAUUUUAAAUGGAUCUCAUACUAUGAGCACUACACAAUCCCAUCCCUGUCAACAAUCCUCUUCAUCUAUAGAUGGCAACCACGAAAGAUUGACUGACCGUAGUUCACAUGAGACAAAACGAAAUGGUUCCUUGGAUUUAUUGGUUGCAGCUGCUGUCGCUGUAAAUUUGAGAGAUUCGGAUUAUUCAAAUACAGGG